AUGCUUGGGUCAUUGCUUUAUGCAAAACGGCAAAGCGAAGCAGGAUUCCCAGACGUAGAGUUAUCUGUACGGGAAGAUCUACGCCGACCGUCCCCUACUAGAGAAAUAAACGAUGUUCUUCUGAUGUCAAGAGCCUCAGCAGAUACUGUUAUGAUGUUCUUGCACGAGCAUGAGCCGAAUUUCUCGGGUUCACUAGCCUCCACUCGGAGAGUUCUCGAAGCAAUGUCCGUGAGUGAUGCCAUGUCAGUAAUGUGGGAGACACGCCAUAUCAGCCAAGAGUAUUCUUCUCAGAUAUGCGCACGUGCUACAAUGUUUUACAAUUACAAGGCAACCAGGAUAGCGUGUGGUUUUUAUGCUUAUAAUCGCCCUAAAUGGUUUCCUCUGACUGAUAAGGCAACACAACUGCAACAAGAAAUGAACGAGGUAUUCCGGUGCAACGAAUCAUCCGAACAUCACCGUGCAGCCAUGUUGGUAUUUUCUUUCAUGAAUGAGCUAUUUGCUGCACUAGGUUUUCGAUGCCCCUACAGGCUUUUUAGUCAAGAGCUUUGA